AUGCACGCAAGAAAGCACGGCCCAAGCAAGGCCUGCUCAGACGACUUGGAGCAAUGGAAGCGAUAUCGCGUUGAUAGCACGGGCAUGUUCAUGUUGUUCCACUGGAUGGAGUUUGCGCUGGAUCUUCACAUCCCCGAUAGCGUCUGGGAUGAUCCGACCGUGCAACUCCUCAUGGACGAGGCUUCUCUUCAGAUUGGCGUCGUCCAUGACUUGUACUCUCUGCCCAAGCAUAUACUCAUGAACGACUGUCGAGUAGACACCGAAAGCAUGAAUUGUGUGGCGUGGCUUAUGCGGGGCACGGGCGAGAGUCUGCAGGAGGCCGUCGAUCGGUGCUGGGACUACAUCCACCAUCUAGAUGAUUCGGUUGUUCACGCUGCGAUAGUGGUAAAGAGCCGGUUCAGGCAGGACAAGGCAAUCUCCCAAAUCGUGGACGCGAUUGUUUAUUCCCUCCAAGGGUCGUGGGCCUAUGGAAUCAGGUCUUCGCAGUACUGGUUCAAGUUGCUGCACGUUUGUCAGCCUGCGCUGCAAUCUGAAAAAUUCACAGUCGCAGCCUCCGAUGAAAAGCAACAGCCUCUUGUCGUAAGUAAUGAGGUGGAUGACAAGGGAGACUCAGCAAGAACCGGGUGUUGA